GUGUACCACAUUUGUUAAUCAAAUAUCCAAAGAAUUCUUGAUCCAUAAAACUCUAAAUGACCCGUGUCACAACCAUCAAAGAUUCCCACAACAAUAAAAAGCCAGCAUCCGCGUCCCAUUCAUCCAGACGUACAAACUGCUUCGAUGGAAGUUUCAGUAGCAGCAACAGCAUCUGCGUCACGUUCAUCUGAGAAUCCAACAAAAGUUGAGGGCAAGUAUAAAGCAAUGCUGAUGUGUUGGAUUCUUGGAAUUGGAUGUUUGUUUUCUUGGAAUAGUAUGUUGACAAUAGAAGACUACUAUAUUAAUCUGUUUCCGAAAUACCACCCCUCAAGAGUCCUCACACUCGUGUAUCAACCAACGGCGUUUAUAACACUCGUGAUACUUACAUACUAUGAAGCAAAAGUCGAUACUAGAAAACGAAACUUACUUGGAUAUGUUCUAUUCUUCUUUAGUACUCUCGCAGUUCUUGUUUUGGAUCUAGCCACGUCUGGUAGAGGAGGAAGAGGACCUUUCGUCGGUGUAUGUGUAGUAAGUGCCGCAUUUGGAUUAGCCGACGGGAUUGCACAAGGUGGAAUGGUCGGAGACUUAUCAUACAUGCUUCCAGAGUUCAUUCAAUCGUUUCUUGCAGGGCUUGCUGCAUCAGGCGCUAUUACCUCCUGUUUGCGCAUGUUAACGAAAGGCUUGUUUGAUAAUUCACAAAACGGUUUACGAAAGGGAGCUAUUUUGUUCUUUGCUAUAUGCGCAAUCUUUGAGUUGCUUUGCGUUCUUCUUUACGCAUUCGUUUUCCCCAAGCUUCCGAUUGUGAAAUUCUUCCGCUCGAAGGCAGCUUCUGAAGGGUCUAAAACGGUUUCCGCAGAUGUUGUUGCUGGUGCCAUUCAAUCACAUUGUGAAAAUGUGGGUACUAAUCUUGAAAAGCUGGGAAGAUUAAGCAACAAGCAAUUGCUCAUAGAAAACAUAGAUUAUGCAAUGGAUAUGUUUCUAACAUAUCUUCUAACAUUGUCUAUUUUCCCUGGGUUCUUAUCGGAGGACACCGGCUCACAUAGCUUGGGUUCAUGGUAUGCAGUUGUUCUGAUUGCUAUGUUCAAUGUAUGGGAUCUGGUGGGACGAUAUAUUCCACUCCUCCAAGGUGCGAAAUUGGAAUCACGAAAAGGGAUUGUCAUAGCAGUUUUUGCAAGAUUUUUGCUCAUUCCAGCGUUCUAUUUCACGGCUAAGUAUGCUGAUCAGGGCUGGAUGAUAGUUUUGACAUCGUUUUUGGGGUUGUCUGGUGGUUACCUUACAGUCUGCAUUCUUACUUCCGCUCCAAAAGGAUAUACGGGUCCGGAACAGAAUGCAUUAGGGAAUAUACUUGUGUCGUUUCUAAUGGGAGGCAUUUUUAUCGGGGUCACCUCCGACUGGUUAUGGCUAAUUGGCAAAGGUUGGUGAGUGUCAUGUAAGUUGGUUUGUCGGUCACAUGAGACUGGUUGUAUGGCAAUCCGAAAUUGUUAAUAAAUAAUUAGUGUCAUCACAAAACAGUUAUGGUCCAAUUUCUUUACACUCUUCUUCCUAUCUACCUCUAUUUCCUGAACUUUUUUAGAUCAUACUGCAUGUCUCGUUUUCUUUGUUAGAUAUUAUAAGAAGGCAGGGCACGUUUACUUGU